GAUACAGUAAGCUGUGAGAACUGAGAAGUAAUAUUCAUGCGAUUGUAAUAGAGUGGAUGUUUAUACUUUUCUUUCCAUAAACUCAGAAUAAAUCUAAAGUUCACAAUGGAACAGGACUUGAAAGCUAAAAUUGACCAAGCUUGUCAGACUGCUGAAGAAUUUACAAAAUUAUAUUAUGAGACAUUGGACAAACGAAGAUAUCUAAUAUCAAGAAUGUACAUGGAAACUGCUAAUUUGACAUGGAAUGGAAAUGGGAUAUCAGGCAACGACAACAUACAGAAAUUCUGUACAGAUCUGCCAUCUUCUGAACAUACUAUUACUACUCUGGAUGCUCAGCCAAUAAUAGGUUCGGAUGCAACUACCCAGCUAUUAUUUCUUGUCAAAGUCGGAGGACAAGUAAAAUAUGAAGAGAAGAGCUUUACAACAAUAAACCAAACCUUCUUAAUAACAGCUAUAGAUGACAAAUGGAAGAUUGUAAACGACUGUUUCCGAAUGCAAGAACUAGUCGAUAGUGCUACUAGUUCAUAAACUCUAAUAGUGCCACUAGUUCAUAUACUAAAAUGUAUUAUAUUUCAUAUUUUUAUAAGAGAGAAUAAUGUGAUUUCUUAUUUUUCUAUUAUGAUAUAGAAUAUUGUGAUAAAAAGAAUAUUUUUUGUUGUGAUAUAGAAUAUUGUGAUAAAAGGAUAUUUUUUGUUUGCAAAAA